CGGUUGGUUGACAUUAGUUACUAUAUGUGUCGCUAAGUGAUGACGUCGGUCGCAUGUGUUGUCCAGCAUGGUGACCUCCUCAGACUGUAAAUACAGCCGGUUGCAAACUGGAAGUGGUUCCACUAUUUUAAAGAAGUGUUAUAUCUGCUUUCAGUUUAACGGAUGAUAUCUGAUGACUUAUUCCUUACUUUUAAUGUACGUUAUUUAAAAAUCUGAAGUAAUGGCUGCACAGACCCCUUUUGCUGGACUUCUAUUCAUGCGCAGACUGGUGAGAAUCUGCACACCUCCUCAAAGACACCUCUGUUGCAGGGAUGUUCUUGUAAAACUCUAUAAACAGAGAAAGGAAAUAAGAACUUUUUCCUCCAGUACAGUGACAUUUAAAGAGAAUGAGGGAGACAACUCAGACUCUUUACCCACGGGGUCCGAGCUGUCCUCUAGGCAUGCAGUGCAGUACAGAAAGAGAAGACCACUGUCCCCCUUGGAGAGGAUAAGUGGCAUGCUGCCCCAGGACACCCUGAGUCCUGAGGUGAUGCAGUUGAGGGAGCAGGACCAGGAAAACCCUGAAGAUGGCACAGGCAUCCAGGGUUCUAUUACACAAGAGGAGUCUGAACAUGAAGCAAUCCCUAAAACAGAUGGCCCAAAGACCCAUCAUAGCUUAGAUGUAGCAGAGGAGCCGGACUCUCCAGGAGCUGAGUCAAACACAGCUUUGAAUGCAGAUACAAGUUUGAUAUCACCCAGUCUACCUGGGGAGAGACCACUUGCAUUUGGGGAAUAUCUUGUGGCAGAGUAUCGUAAGCAGGGGCAUGUGGAGUUCAGGAAGAUGUUUCAGCUGCAGCCAAGGACACGACUGCAGAGUGGAUGGGGGGUGAUCAUGCACGAUGACAUAGCUGAGCAGACUGCAGGGUGCUACCUGAAGACAAACAGGGGGGUGUCCCUCUUCAUACGCCGGGCUAGUUUGGAGGAUUAUGUGCUGUACAUGAGGAGGGGGCCUGCCAUCGCCUACCCCAAGGAUGCAGUCACCAUGCUAAUGAUGAUGGAUGUGACAGAGGGAGACUGUGUGCUGGAGGCGGGCUCAGGGUCCGGGGCCAUGUCUCUGUUUCUGUCCCGAGCAGUUGGCUCUAAGGGCCGUGUGCUAAGUGUGGAGGUCAGAGAGGACCAUCAGAAGAGAGCUGUGCUGAACUACCAGCGCUGGAGGACGGCGUGGAGUCUGCGACGAGGGGAGGAGUGGCCCGACAACGUCCAGUUUCACAACGCUGACCUGAGCACGGCUUCCUCACUCCUCGCUGGUCAGGGGUUCCACUCGGUUGCUCUGGACUUAACAAACCCUCAGCUGGUCUUAUCCACUGUGACUCCACUCCUGCACCGUGGAGCUGUGUGUGCUGUCUACCUCGCCAACAUCACACAGGUCACUGACCUGCUGGAAGGGCUCCGGUGUUUGCGGCUCCCUCUGCUGUGUGAAAGCAUCAUCGAGGUCCCAAUCAGAGACUGGCUGGUGGCUCCGGCACUUCAGAAAAACAGAAUGUACUGCACGAGGAAGGCUCCCAUUCUGACUGAAGAUCAGAGGCAGAUGGUUGAGACGUCAGAUGACACAGAGGCAUCCACAGAGGAACAGCCAGCCUUUGGGAGUGUUCCCUACAUCGCCAGACCUCACCCUUUACAAAAGAGCCACACAGCUUUCCUGGUGAAACUGAGAAAGUUCGUGCAGUAGCUGUUCUGCUUGAGAAGAACCUUGGACAAAAAUGAAUGUUUGAUAUCAACCCUUGUUCUCUCUUUUCUGUAAACUGUAUCUUUUGUGUAAAGACCCUCACUCACUGA